CCAGUGUCAAACAUUUCUUUCUUUCUUUUUUAUUUUUGUUGAAUCACCUUGAGAUAGUUACAAGCUUUCAUGUUUGGGUUACAAUCUCACAAUGACCAAAGUCACUCACUUUUAAGAGGAAACAUUUCCUUCUUAGAAUGUCAGGGGCUGGGAAUCACAGGACCCUGCUGACUGGCGGCUGUUUUUCCAAACUUCUUUGAGGUGAUUAUCUAAGUAUGAUUUCAGGCAGCCAUCAUUCUUAUUUUUAGCUCUGCAUUCUCCUCAUGAGUAUGGUGACCUGUGUCUCGGAGUUCCAGAGGACUCCCAGAUAAGGCCCAUGAUUCAUUUGCAGGUACCUUGCUCUGAUUUCCAGCAAGGUGGGGGGCCCAGAGGAAUGAUUUCAGAGGUCUCGUUCUUCUGGGCUCCUGUUCCUGUCCCUCUCACUUCAUCAGGAAUUGACACUCCACAAAUGAAUCCAAAAUGCAGUGGGCAAAGGGCCAUUAAAACAGGACCCAAGCGACAUUGUUCUCCAAGGGCCUCACAGCUGGUGAGGGGGGGAGACAAAACUGAGGGCUUGGCUCACAGGCUAUUUUCAGCCUCUGAUAGCAGUUGUGUUGCUCACGUCUCUCCCCUCGGGCUCCCUCCCGUCCUGCCCUUCGCAGGCCAAGCCGUCAUAUAUUUAAAGAGGCCCAGAGCCCCUGUUACCCAGUUGAGCCACGGAGAUCGCGCAGGCAGAUUUGACCUCGCUCAGAGUCUUCAAGAUGCCGAACUGGGGUGGAGGAGCCAAAUGUGGAGCUUGUGAUAAAACAGUGUAUCACGCAGAAGAAAUCCAGUGCAAUGGAAGGAGUUUCCACAAGAGCUGCUUUCUCUGCAUGGCCUGCAGGAAGGGUCUUGACAGCACCACGGUGGCGGCACACGAGUCAGAGAUCUACUGUAAAGUGUGCUAUGGGCGCAAGUACGGCCCCAAAGGCAUCGGGUUUGGACAAGGCGCUGGCUGCCUCAGCACGGACACAGGAGAGCACCUGGGUCUCCAGUUCCAAGAGUCCCCAAAGGUGGCACGCUCAGCCACCACCAGCAACCCUUCCAAGUUCACGGCGAAGUUCGGAGAGGCGGAGAAGUGCCCUAGAUGUGGAAAGUCAGUCUAUGCCGCUGAGAAGGUGAUGGGAGGUGGCAAGCCGUGGCACAAGACCUGCUUCCGCUGCGCCAUCUGUGGGAAGAGUCUAGAAUCCACAAACGUCACUGACAAAGACGGGGAGCUUUACUGCAAAGUUUGCUAUGCCAAAAACUUUGGUCCUACGGGUAUUGGGUUUGGAGGCCUCACACAACAAGGAGAGAAGAAAGAGUGAAAAGACCAUCAUUUCUCAGCUCUCUCAACAACCUGAGACAUUUGCCAAGCCAUCCUCCCCAGUUUGAAGCCCUCCCCCAAAUUUGGUUUUGAGUCCGUCUGGACAGUAUUUCUCCUCAGAAGUGAUUACUGUUUUGCCCAAAAUUAGAAGAGACCUUUGGAAGAAAGUGACUAAAACUCUAACGUGUAACAAAUGCUUGAUUAUUUACAAUACUUGGGGUGGGAGAGGCAGUAAAUAAAGGUAUGUCGUUGUAC